GGCUGCGUGCCUGUGUGAGUGAGUCAGAGAGAGAGAAAGCAACGGUGAAAUGGGAACAGAGAGAGAGGAAUCCAAGCUGACAGCAUCCCUAUUAGAGCAUUACUAACUGAGCAAGAGAAGCAGAGAGCUGACUGCAGCAUCGUUCUCAGCUUUAUAGUGGGAUGUACAUUUUAAGGAUUUUAAUAUAAUGUCGUCAUUAAAUCUAUUUCAGAAACCAUGUUUGGUAAUCGACGAUCGAAUAGAUCUGAAAAACUGGAUGACUUUUUUAUUAUACUCUCUGCUCAUUGGGGUUUCAUUUGGAGAGGUCCGUUAUGUUCUUCCCGAGGAGAUGCAGACGGGCUCUGUCAUCGGAAACGUUGCGCGGGAUCUGGGGCUGAAGGUGGCAGAACUUGAUGCUCGUCGAGCCCGGGUUGUUGCAGAAGGAACAAGUCAGCUUUGUGAACUGGACACCUCUUCAGGCAAUCUUUUGAUCAGCCGACGGAUAGACCGAGAGGAGCUGUGUUCGCAAGCCAGCGUCUGCAUUCUACAGUUUCAGCUUUUGCUUGAACAGCCACUUCAAGCAUUCAGUCUAGUUUUGGACAUUGCAGACAUAAACGACAACAGCCCAGUGUUCCCCGCACCGGAGAUAAAAUUAGAUUUAGUAGAAUCUACGGUUUUGGGAAGGCGCUUUCCAUUAGAGAGCGCGCAUGACCCCGAUCUUGGCACCAACUCUGUCCGUGAAUAUAAAUUAAGCCAGAAUGCUCAUUUUACUCUAGAAAUGAACAGCCAAAUAAACGGCAAUGCUUAUCCGGAACUAGUUCUCAAACAACCCUUGGAUCGGGAGGCACGAAAUGAACAUGUACUAAAAAUCAGUGGAAUUGACGGGGGAAAUCCAGUCAGAUCAGGGACGGCUUCUAUCCUUAUCCGUGUUUUGGACGCCAACGAUAAUGUCCCAGUUUUUAGCCAACGAAUUUUCAAAGCAGCUGUGCCAGAGAACGCAGCUAUAGGGACUGCCAUAACAACCCUAAAUGCUACAGACUUGGACGAGGGUGACUAUGGAGAGAUAACGUAUUCCUUCAGUCACCUGUCAGACACUUUGGGUGGAGUUUUUGAAAUCCACCCUCUCAGUGGAGAAGUUAGAGUUGCAGGUGUUAUUGACUAUGAAGAGGCUAGCUCACAUGAGCUGGAUGUUCAGGCAAAAGACGGCGGUGGUCAGGCCUCUCACUGUAAACUUAUAAUUGAUGUCACUGAUGUUAACGACAACAAGCCUGUGAUAGAAAUAAAAUCAGCCUCUGCUAACGUAGCUGAGGACUCCAAACCAGGAACUAUGGUUGCUCUAAUUAAUAUCUAUGACCAGGACACUGGCAGCAGUGGGCGUGUCACUUGUUCAAUAUCAGACAAUGUUCCAUUUAGAUUAGUUUCAGAGGUUAAAAACUAUUACAUGUUAGUGACUGAUGGAGUUCUAGACAGAGAAAUCCAACCAGAGUACAACAUUACAGUUACUGCCACGGAUGCAGGCUCUCCCCAACUCUUUGGUGUAAAAGUAAUUUCAAUCGUGGUUAACGAUGUAAACGAUAACUCACCGACUUUUACGCAGAGCGAGUUUAACGCCAACAUUUUGGAAAACCAACCAAUUGGCACAUUUGUGAUGAGAGUCACAGCACAGGACUCUGACGAUGGGUCUAAUGCUAAAAUUCUUUAUCACAUAUCGAAGGAAACGAGCUCAGGAUUGUCUUUCCUCACCAUCAACUCAGAUACAGGGGAGCUGUUCACAUCACGGGUAUAUGAUUACGAGCAGUCCGUUCACUUCCAGAUUAAGGUGAUAGCGAGAGAUGGAGGCGAGCCUUCACUCUCCACGACAUGUACCGUAAAUGUCUUUAUUAAAGAUCAAAAUGACAACGCACCUGUUAUCCUAUACCCUGUCCAGACCUCUGGUUAUAUUGCCGAGGACAUUGUGCCAACUGAAGCGCCUAGAGGUUACUUGGUUACAAAGGUGGUAGCUGUUGACGCAGACUCUGGCCAUAACGCCUGGCUUUCAUACAGAAUAAUCAAAGCAACACGGUCCAACCUGUUUAUGGCAGAUUUGCACACAGGGGAAAUCAGAACUCUGCGACCAUUCAUGGAGGAAGAUGAACCUAAGCACACUGUUGUCGUUUUGGUAACUGAUAACGGGCGUGAAUCUCUCUCGGCCACUGCGACGGUCAGCAUAAUGCUUGGUGACGGGCUGCCAGUUUUAAGCGAACUUUUUGAGUUUACAGAUGAAUCACAGGACAGAGAUAACUUGACGCUCUAUUUAAUAAUCGCGCUGUCAACCGUUUCUUUACUUUUCAUCCUGUUAAUCAGCGGAGUGUUUUAUUUUAAGCUCUGUCGUCGUGGUUAUGUUUACCGUUCAAGUGCAGCUAGUCUCCCUGUUUUUCCCCCGCCAUAUUGUCCAUCUAGUUUUACAGAUUUUAGCCGUUGUGGGACUUUGUUGAAAGAUGAUAGAUACGACCCUUUCUUAACCACUGGCUCCUGGAGAGGCGACUUUCGUUUUGGAUCAAACACAGACACGGAUACGCUUAAAAAGAGAAGCGCAGCCUAUCAAAAAAACACUCUAAGGCGCCUCAGUACAGACAGGGCCAGUCUGAAGGUGAGGGGAGGGCCACCGCAUCCUUGUUAUGUGGUCAAGUGAGGCAUAUGUUGUAAAGCAACCCCUGUGUUUAAUUAAUCGUUCCCAUUCAGACAAUUCAGUUCCAAUUGCUUCAGUUUUA